GAACAACGCUUGACAGGCAUCCCUCACACGACAACCAUGUCCCUAGCACGAGGAGAGCGCGUGUAUUUUGACUUCGACAGUGGGAGUAUCGAGCCCGCAGGAGCAGAACCGGAAAGCAACGAUGCGCCGCCGCUCGCGCUCGCGUCCGCCUUCGUGGGCGACAUCCUCGAGCGCCCCGCUGGAGGGGUCACGCAACCGCCUGUAGCACCGUCCCCCAAGACAAACGUUGGCGGGUUUCCGGCACACAAGAAGCGCACGCCUAGAGUCUCUGCGUUCAAGAGAGAGAGGGCAGCGAACGGCGCCGCGAGGGCCAAGGAACAGACGCAGACAGCACCACAGCGAACCGAUGACUUGCAGGAGCAGCGAGCGCGAACAAAGGGCGCAGGCGGGGAAGGCGACGACGAGAAGAGGCAAAUCGACCAGGAAAACAGAAAGAGGCUGGCCAACAUGUCGGCCGAGGAGAUCGAGCAGGAGCAGCGGGAGUUGCUGGAAAGUCUGCCGCCGAGCUUGAUACAGAGGCUCUUGGGAAAGGCCGACAUUGCGGACGGGAGCAACGAGAAGGACUGGGACGCACCGGAAGGACCGGCGCCAGAGAAGCCCAGGGUGGAGGAGUCGGAACGAAAGGCAGAGUCCCCCACGAAGGCCUCGUUCGCAGAGCCGCCAUCUGCGAAGAAAGUCUCGUUUGCAGAGCCAGACACGGGAGACGUACCAGCGGCAGUGCAAUUCACACAGCCAGCGCCGUCCACCUCUCAAGAGCCCGCCAUCCCUGGCGCAGAUCUCGCCGACUCGCACAGCUCACUCCACUUCCCCCGCCCAUCCCAGCCCCCCGACCUCGACCCCAACGACCCCGCCUUCCUCCAAAACCUCCACGAGAAGUACUUCCCCAACCUCGCCUACGACCCCUCGACCCUCUCCUGGAUGACCCCCAUUGACCCGUCCGACACCCGCUCACCGUACCACCCCUCCCACCGCGCCUUCAACGCGCGCGACCUCCGCUUCGAUUUCAAAGGCGCGCUGCUCGCGCCUUCCGCCGCCCGCGAGAUCCCCGUCACGCACGGCCUGCACCACCACGCCGACGCGCCCGAGGCCGCGGGGUACACCAUCGCCGAGCUCGCCGUCAUGGCGCGCAGCAGCGUCGCGGCGCAGCGCUGCGUGGCGUUCCAGACGCUCGGGCGGAUCCUGUACCGGCUUGGGCGCGGGGAAUUUGGGUUCGAGCGCGUGCGCCGGAAGGCGGAUGGGCCGGUGCAGGUCGUCAAGAACCCGGACGUGCAGGAGGAGGAGGCUGACGAGGAGGACAUCGAGGUUGACAUGGAGGAUGCAGGGAGUGCGAUGGCGGCGGGGCUGUGGAAGGAGGUGGAGGAGGGCAAGGUGGUGGAGACGCUGACGGAGGAGGCAAAUAGGACGCGGGGCCAUUUGACGAGCCGGACGUUUGCGACCGAGGCGCUGUGGAAUUGGCGGAGGGGCGGGGGCCGGAAGAGAGCUGCUGUGUAGUGUAGGGGAG